GGUUUCUUUUGCUGAGGUGUUUGUCAAUAUGGGUAUUUAGUCUUCAGCACAUUAACUAGCCAAGAGAAAUAGGCUGCCAUUUGGUUUGAUCAACUGCCUAUGACAGCCACAGGCUCCUGCAUCAUAUUUGCAGUGAAUAAUUUUGGUUGGACUCGAAGUUUUUACCCCUACUUAGCUGUUUUUGUUUUCUGAUGCUCUUAUCUUCCAAUCAUCAUGCAGUAAUCUGAGAAGAAGAUUAUGGAAGAUAAGUGUGAAAUUGCCAAAGAUGUUACUGAACUAAUAGGAAAUACCCCGAUGGUAUACCUCAAUAACAUUGUGGAUGGUUGUGUAGCCUGUAUCGCUGCCAAGUUAGAGAUGAUGGAACCUUGCUCAAGUGUGAAAGACAGGAUUGGGUAUAGUAUGAUAAGAGACGCAGAAGAGAAGGGUCUGAUUAUGCCUGGAAAGACGGUCCUCAUUGAGGUUACUGGUGGAAAUACUGGCAUUGGUCUGGCAUUCAUUGCAGCAGCUAAGGGCUAUAAACUUAUAACAGUUAUGCCACAUACAUAUAGCCUUGAAAGAAGGAUUCUCCUCCGAGCUUUUGGAGCAGAGUUGUAUAUUACAGAUGCUGCCAAAAGCAUUGAUGGGGCUAUUCAAAAAGCCCAAGAGAUACUGGAAAAGACACCCAACGGUUAUUUCCUUCGGCAAUUUGAGAAUCCUGCCAACCCAAAGAUUCACUAUGAAACCACUGGACCAGAAAUAUGGAAGGGCUCUGAGGGGAGAAUUGAUGCCCUGGUUGCUGGGAUAGGAACAGGGGGUACAGUGACCGGUGCAGGGAAGUACCUCAAGGAGAAAAAUCCUAACCUAAAGGUGUAUGGUGUAGAACCAGCCGAAAGUGCUAUUCUGAAUGGAGGAAAACCAGGAGUAUUGAUGCAUUGCUAA